AGGGGGGGCCGAAGUGGAACACGAACGAACGAUCGACUCUCCCCGCGCUUCAUUCCGCGGCAGCUGUACAACCGCUUUGCAAGCGCGCGCGGCUAACGGAAAGCGACAAGCAAGGCGCGGCGGGCAAGGCAACUGGCGAGAUCCCCUCGCCCCGCAGGCAGACCCCGCAUACUGAGCGGCACUCUUGUGUUUAGUGAUAGUGACUCAUGUCAUCAUGUGUACUUAAAACAACAAUGUGUCAAUUAUUAUUUUAGUGAUUGGCUUUAAUUACAAAAUAAUGAACUUGGGUGAAAAAUUUUGUGAGUGAAUGUACCUGUGGUAACCUGGUGGAACAGAAAAGGUUUUAUCAAUGGCGGACUCGAAUAUGGACACAUUGGACCAUGAGAUGGCUCUAUGCUAUGCAGAUUGUGACAUGGAAAUUUCUCUUACACAGCAGCUUACUGAUAACAAUAACCUUAGUAACAACUAUGAAGAUGGUGGUAAUUCAAUCAUUGCUGAAGAUGAAGAAUAUGAAACUGAAGAUGUAAUUAUUAAAGAAGAAUUUGAAAUUGGAGAAGAGGGUAUUAUGAAUACAAACAGUUUGAGUCAUAGCUUAGAAUGCCUCGAUCCCGGGAUCCCGAUCGUCUAUACAAAAAGACUGGAUGAUAUGACAAUUUUCAAGAAAAAAAUUAAAAAUGAAUCUUUUAGUAAUAUUGUGCAAAAAGUGAUACGUGAAAGUAAACCAAAUCUUAAAAAGACAUUUAAUUUUCUACCUGAACGAAAACCUACGAUCAAUGAACGUCAGUUUUCUAAAUUAGAAAACAAAAUAUUAAAAUUAAAUGAACUGGCUAUAUUAAAUGUAGCCCCGUCUGAAAAUACUGUACUAGAUUUAGUUGAUGAUGUAGAUUCUGUAAAUGUUGUAGAGUCUGUGACUGAACGUAAACCUACCCUCAAUGAACUUCAGUGUUUUAAAUUAGAAGACAAAAGCUUAAAGUCAAAUAAAUUGGCUACAUUAAAUAUAGCCCCGUCUGAAAAUACUGUACUAGAUUUAGUUGAUGAUGUGGAUUCUCUAAAUGUUGUAGAGUCUGUGCCUGAUCGUAAACCUACCCUCAAUGAACUUCAGUGUUUCAAAUUAAAAGACAAAAGCUUAAAGUCAAAUAAUUUGGUUACAUUAAAUAUAGCCCCGUCUGAAAAUACUAUAGAUUUAGUUGAUGAUGUGGAUUCUGUAAAUGUUGUAAAGUCUGUGCAUUCUGAUGAUUCAGAAGAGGACAUGCCUUUAAAGGUACUGUCUUCAAUAAAGACGGAAUAUGUUGACCUGACAGUGAUAGAUAAACAUGUUAAAAAAGAUACAAAUGAGCUUUUCAAAUUAUGUAAAACAUGCUGCGUACCGUUGUUAGCAAAUCGUAACGUUAGUUAUAUUAAUGGAAAGCCCUUUCUUAUAUACGGUUGCACCAAGAAGGCAUUCAUAAAAGGAUUAAGAUACACCGCGGGCGUUGAUUUUACAUACAUAUCAUUCAGAAAUUUCAAAAAGAAUAAAUCACAAGUGUACAAAUUCGAAAAAAAAGCAUUGGUUCAUAGAGAAUAUGAUCAUAUAGUAGCUCUUGGGUUGAAUGUAGAUGAAUGUUGUUAUAAUAAUAGGGAAAACGUUAUUAAAAGUUUGAUUUGUCCUAGUAACAUGACACCAGAUCUCUUGCGAAUCCCGCAUCGUUGUCCAAAGGAUCGAUGCAAGUGUUGUUGCAAACCUAUAGCCAAUUAUCCAGAAAAAAUUACACCAACAUCUUCAAGUUCUUCAGGUGGUUUUGGGCUGACAUUGUAUAAGUUUGUUGAGACGAAAAGAAAAAAUGGAACUGGUCACCUGAAUGCUAAUAAACCUAAUAAUACUAUGAACCAGCCAGAAAAAAAUGACUUGGAAGCAAUAUUACCGAAAGACUUUGACUAUAUCCAUAAAGCUUUAAGUUACACUCCCAAAAGUUACAAUGACUCUUCGAAUGAUAAAGAAAUAACAGACUUACCGGACGUAGACGACCGUUUAGGAAUUAAAGUUCUCAAGGACUACAGUGAAAUGGUCGAGUUUUAUAAAUUUACAUUAAAUGGCAAAAAUGUCAAAUAUAUUCAAAUGGAUUCACUUGUACGAAAUGUAAAAAAUAAUAGCUUUAGAAAUGAUAUUAAAGAAUGUACUCGAAGCGAUAUAGUUUUAUGUUGCUGGCACAAGUGUGAUGAGUUGAUUCGGUCUUUUGAUUUAAAGCGCAUACCUACAGUAAGGCAAUUUGUCAGGACACGCCAUCCUUGUCCUCCAGAUAAUUGCAUCUGCUGUUGUAAGCCGAAUUUACCUCAGCCCGUCCACAAAGAGGAACCCUUAAAACCUGCUUCAAAUCAUGCUACUAACUACACGAGUAUGAUUAAGAAACGUUGCAAAUUUCUUGCCAAACGUGAAGAAUCGAAGCCGAACCAAAAAUUACAAGAAAAUAAUCUAUACGAUUACGAGAGCAUAAUAUUACCACAACUGGUAUCACAGCACAGACCAAAGCAAACACUAUCAAGUCCAAAAACUCCUUUACAAUCAAAGGAACCUACUCAAUCUGCUCUCAAUAUGCCUCGAAACAAUAAUACGGCUGCAACUAUUUAUCCGAAUCUGCCUCAAAUCAAUAAUACGGCUGCAACAAUUUAUCCGAACCUGCCUCAAAUCAAUAAUACGGCUGCAACUAUUUAUCCGAAUCUGCCUCAAAUCAACAAUACGGGUGCAACAAUUAAUCAGAAUCUGCCUCAAAUCAACAAUACGGGUGCAACAAUUACUACGAAUCUGCCUCAAAUUACUUAUACGGUUGCAACAACUAAGCCGAAUAUGCCCAAAAUGAAUAAAAGAUUAGAUCCAACUAAUAACCCAAGUGUGUCUCUAGAUAAUAACACAUCUGACUCAACAGUUAACUUAUUGGUGAACAGCAUUUUACAAAGGUUCAGUGAUGUCCGCUUAACUAUUACCCCUGAUGGUAAUGUUACUGCGGAACUAAAUACACCAGUUCACACGUUAUCAACAAUGGAACUACAAAUUCUGUCUAGUAUACUUAAUCGCGCCAAACAACAAGUAGCACAACUAAAAGCAAAAGGACAUUGGAAUCCCGAAGCGAACACUCAAAUAAAUCCCAUCGGGCCGAUGAAUCUUGCAAAUCUUAGCGAUAACACAGCACCAGCAACAACUCCAGACAAAACUAAGUCAAAAGCAAGUGUGACAGAACAUACAACAAAAACAAAUAAUGUAUCAAGAACAAAAGUAGCUGCCCCUAGCUUGAAUAAAAAGACAUAUUAUAAAAGACCCAUAGUGCCUGACCGCCAAACACGACAAGAUGCUUUUCAGUGCUAUACCAAUAUAAGUGCUUUAAAAAUGAAGGAAUACUUAGCAUCUUGCAAAUCUUUACUGGGUAAUUUAAAUCAAAUGCCCAAAAUCAAGCAUGUGUUUUCAAAAAAUCCUUGUGAUCAAACAAAAGUGAAUAAUGAUAAAGCUAAAACGAAUGUCAAUCACCCUAUAAUUAAUACGUCAAAUGAACAAUCGAAAACUAAUAAUGCAAAGCUUAGUAAAAAAUCUACAGUUGCAGAAGCUAAAACUAUUAUUAAUACGACAAAUAAACGAUCGAAAAAUAAUAAUGCAAGACCCAGUAAAACAUCUAAAGUUGCGGAAGCUAAUACAUCGAGUACUGAAGGGCAAGUCAAAAGAAAAAAUGCUAAAGAAAACGUUAAGUCUAAUAAAAAUAUUUCUGGACCUCCAACUAAAAGGCGUAAAAUUUCCAGAAAAAUCAAUAUUUUGAAACCUACUGUUUCAGAUCAUGUAAGUUCAGAUCAUGUUCUUACAAUAGAUUUAGAUGAUGAUGAUCCGUUGAAUACCGCGGUAGUCUUACCGCCUCCGUGCGAAAUCGUACCACCAGGUCGAAAGGCGCCAAUAUUAUCGAAUUUGCUCAGUAAACCUGAAGUACCCCCUGGAGCACCUAACACACAUCCAAAUCUGAUGUAUGCACCUGUACCUGUCGUGGUACCAAGUAUGCCAGUGCCCGGGAUGCCAAUUCCCAGAAUGCCAAUGCCCGGGAUGCCAAUUCCCAGAAUGCCAAUGCCCGGGAUGCCAAUUCCCAGAAUGCCAAUGCCCGGGAUGUCAAUGUCCACCAUACCAAUACCCAGUGUACCAGAUGUCCCAAUAGAUGCUACAGAUGUAGAACUGAUACCGGAUGUCCAGAACGAUCCGAUUACGGCUACCGAUACUACGAUUGCUGACGACGAUUGUAUUCUAGGAUUUUAAUUAGUCACUUGCCAGUCACUUGUCACUACCCAGACUGAACUUUGUCUUAACCAAAUUGCUUUCAAUCCGCGAAAUGUAAAAGAAAUAUCUGUGUAAUUUAUUUUAUCUAUUUUGUUCUAAUGUGAUUUGCUGGAAUGAAAGUGAUUUAUAGUGAGAGUUGGAAUUGAAUUAAAUGUGAUUAAAUUAUUAUUGCUCAUUCAUUAUAGAGGGUGUUUGGCGGAAGGUUAGACAAACUUCGUGGGUGUAACAGUAAGGUAAAUGACCAAAACUAUAGGUACACCCACGAAGUUUGUCUAACCUUCCGCUAAACGUCCCGUAUUGUUUUGUGUGCAACUUACAAAUUAGGGACCUACCAAUCACCAUCGCCACCUUUUCGAAUAUUUGGUGUAAAAAAUAACAAUGUUUGCUUAAUAUGUAAUGUGGAGUUUUUUUUGUCGCGUAGGAAAAUGCCCUUUACUGUGUCAGCCAAAGUACCUACCGAUUAUAAAAGUAAAAUAAUUUUAAAUUGGUGAUCAAUAUACCAAAAUUGUUUAGAAAAUAAAUUAUAUUAUUUCAAGUCUUAUGUUUUUAAUUGUGUUAAGUUUAAGAUUACCUAUGUAAAAUGAGAAAAUGAUUAUUAUAGUAUUUAAUUAAUAAGUUAUUUGUUUUCCAUGACUUUUAAAUUUAGAUGCUGCAAUUUUAUUAUAGUCUAAGUUACCUAUCACAAAUGCAGCGCCUUAAUUCGAAGAUAAAGAGAUAGUUUUUUAUAAUUAUUUUUAUGGUUUAAAAAAUCUGUCUGACUUCUCUCUUAGUUAAAACCCUAAACCCCAACGUUGGGAUUUGGGAUUUUAGAAACAGUUGACAUGACACAAGGUUGCCCUUUGAGCCAAAGUGUGCUGGGUACGCCCAUGAUUGAAUUAUUUGUCAAAUGUAAUUGUAAAAUUUAAAUUUGAAUAAUCCACAUAUUUAAUAAAAAAAUGGCCCUAUGCCUAUGUAAGAUUAAAUUAAAUUGUUAUCAUAGGUUUUAUAGUUAAAAUCUGCCUUCCAUUCCAUCCAUGGAUCUAUAAAAAAAAAGUUUUUUUAUGGGUUCAUGUUCCAUCCUACAUUU